AUGAGUGAAGGGCCGAUCGUAACUAACGGAAACGUUUUACAUAACGGUAGCGGGAUUGGUGGCGAUAUAUCUGUGUCACGUCAGGCUAUUUCUGUAUCGUUUCCUGAGACCAGAGAGCAGCUAAACGCAUUAUUACAUAAAUAUCAACAAUUGAUGAAAGCGUCAAAUGAAGCGAAGGAAAAGCACGAUAAUUUUGUUAGAUACCUUGAAAAUAAGGAGAAUGGUGUAAGCGAUUUCAAGGGGACAUCUAGUGAUGUGAGGCCGGUGUUCAAGGACCCUACAGAAGAGGAAAGAUUGGCAAUUGAGAAUGUUUUUUACAAGAUUAGUGAGCAAUAUCAAGAGUUUGUCAAGAACGAACAGACGUUUUACGAAUCUAUAAAAGCACAGAAAUCGGAAGAAUCUUUGGAUUUAGAAUUGUUAGAGAAACAAAUUGCCGGUUUGCAGUUCUUGUCAAAGGAUUUGGAUUUACCAGAAUCGCUACAAGAAGAUUACGAAUCCGUCAUAAAUUCCGAAAGUGAGUCUGUUCGUAAUAAGGAUACAGACAGAUUCAUUGAGGCAUUUUUAAGGUCCAAAUCGAAUUUGAAUGAUUUCAUGAAAAGGGCUGAAUCUUUGGGAAUUAAGGUUCCUCAACCUCUUGGCUCGAUCAAUCCAAUGCAUGCGCCUGUUGGUAAUUAUUAUACAGAACAAAUGAUCUCCUCUAAGAUAUCAAAUCGUAUAAGGGAGCUUGAAAAUUUGCCUGCAAACUUGGGUACUUUCAAAACUGAUUCCUUAAAAAGUCAAACUAACUACGAUGAUUUGAAAAUUAAGGCCUUGAUUGAAUUAAAAUCAUUGCAACUUUUAGCAAAGCAAAAGCAAUUAAAGAAAAACCUAAUUAUCAGCCAAGCAACGAACUCACAUUAUGAUAAUUCCGAUUUAAACAAAGUCCCACUAACAUUGCAAGCAAGAAGAUCUAUAUAUAUCAGGCCAAAAAUUAUUCAACCAAAUCCACAUUUGCUCGCUUCACAAUUAGAAGAGAAACGUAAAUUGGAAGCCAACAGAAUAAAGCACGCAUUACACGUUGAAAAAGUUCAACAAAUUUUAAUCAACUCCGAAGAUUUUGUAAAUAAAAAGCUUAACCGCUUAAAUAAAAUUUCGACUAUUUCUAGAGCUAUCAAUCUGUUCCAUUCUGUUACCGAAAAGGAUGAAUCGAAGAAGUUGGAAAAAACUGCUAAACAGCGUUUGCAAGCUUUGAAAGCAAACGAUGAAGAGGCAUAUAUUAAAUUAUUGGAUCAAACAAAAGAUCACAGAAUUACGCAUUUAUUAAAGCAAACCAACACAUUCUUGGACUCUUUGGCUCAAGCCGUUAAGGUUCAACAAGUCGAACAAGGAGCGGAUGAUAUUUCAGGUGAGAAGCACAUCGAGAAUGAAGUCGUUCCUGAAAAAGAAGAUAAUGUAGAGGAAUUACGAGAAAAGAUAGAUUACUAUCAAGUAGCCCAUAGAGUCAAAGAAGAAGUAAAAGAACAACCUUCUAUUCUUGUAGGAGGUACCUUGAAAGAAUAUCAAGUAAAGGGUUUGGAAUGGAUGGUAUCUUUAUACAAUAAUAAAUUGAAUGGUAUUCUUGCAGAUGAGAUGGGUUUAGGUAAGACUAUUCAAUCUAUAUCUUUAAUAACCUAUUUAAUUGAAAGGAAACAUGAAGAUAAGUUUUUGGUUGUCGUUCCAUUGUCAACAAUUACAAAUUGGACAAUGGAGUUUGAAAAAUGGGCACCUGCUGUUGAUGUUAUUGUUUAUAAGGGAUCUCAACAACAACGUAAAUCCAUGCAAGCAGAAGUCAGAUCUGGCGCAUUUCAGGUUAUUUUGACUACUUACGAAUAUAUUAUAAGAGAAAGGCCUUUGUUGUCUAAAUUUUAUUAUUCUCACAUGAUUAUUGAUGAAGGUCACAGAAUGAAGAAUGCAACUUCUAAAUUAUCUAUUACUUUGAAGAACUAUUAUAAGACCAAAAAUAGAUUGAUUUUGACCGGUACACCAUUACAGAAUAAUUUACCUGAAUUAUGGGCAUUAUUAAAUUUCGUUUUGCCAAAAAUUUUUAAUUCCGUUAAAUCUUUCGAUGAAUGGUUUAAUACACCAUUUGCUAAUACAGGUUCACAAGAAAAAAUUGAAUUAACUGAAGAAGAAUCAUUAUUAGUUAUUAGAAGAUUGCAUAAAGUUUUAAGACCGUUCUUGUUGAGAAGAUUGAAGAAAGAUGUUGAAAAAGAUUUACCUGACAAAGUUGAAAAAGUUCUUAAAUGUAACUUAUCUGGUUUGCAAUACGUCUUAUAUCAACAAAUGUUGAAACAUAACGCAUUAUUUGUCGGUGUUGACGUUGGAGGAGCGAAGUCUGGUAUUAAGGGUUUAAACAAUAAGAUUAUGCAAUUGAGGAAAAUUUGUAAUCAUCCUUUCGUUUUCGAAGAAGUCGAAACCGUAUUAAACUCGACCCGUUUAACUAAUGAUUUAAUUUGGAGAGUUAGUGGUAAAUUCGAAUUACUCGACAGGGUUUUACCUAAAUUCAAAGCUUCGGGUCAUAGAGUGUUGAUUUUCUUCCAAAUGACUCAGGUCAUGAAUAUUAUGGAAGAUUUCUUGAGAUGGCGUGACAUGAAAUAUUUAAGGCUUGAUGGUGCUACAAAAGCGGAAGAUAGGCAGGAUAUGUUGAAGGAUUUCAAUGCACCUAAUUCGGAUUAUUUCUGUUUCCUUUUGUCCACUAGAGCUGGUGGGUUAGGUUUGAAUUUACAAACAGCAGACACCGUUAUUAUUUUUGAUACUGAUUGGAAUCCACAUCAAGAUUUACAGGCUCAAGAUAGAGCGCAUCGUAUUGGUCAAAAGAAUGAGGUUCGUAUUUUGAGAUUGAUUACCAACGAUUCUGUUGAAGAAGUCAUUUUGGAAAGAGCACAUCAAAAAUUAGAUAUUGAUGGUAAAGUUAUUCAAGCAGGUAAGUUUGAUAAUAAAUCGACUUCCGAAGAGCAAGAAGCUUUCUUAAAGAGAUUAUUAGAAGCAGAGGCAAGUAAUGAUGACAAUGAAGAAAAUGAUUCAUUAGAUGAUGAAGAGUUGAAUGAAGUAUUGGCACGUUCAGAGGAUGAGAAGGUAUUAUUCGCACAAAUUGAUAACGAAAGAAUUAUCAAUGAAAAACUCGCAUCCAGACAAGGAGGUCCUAAAACAAGACUAUUAGAAAAAGACGAGUUGCCUACUGUUUUCACGGAGGACGUAUCACAUCAUUUCGAGAAAGACACUAAAGAAUUAGCUCGUAUGAGAGACAAGAAAAGGGUGAAGUAUGAUGAUGGUUUAACUGAAGAACAAUGGUUGAUGGCUAUGGACAAUGACAAUGAUACAGUCGAAGAUGCGAUUAGGCGUAAAGAAGUCAGAGUUGCAAAAAGAAGAAAGAAUAGAGGAGGGUCUGCUGAUUUAUUGAGUGAUGAUGAUGAAGAUAUAGUGGAUGGCGACCUAGACGAAGAGAACUUGAGACCAAGAAAAAGAUCCCGUCGUUCAACUACUCCCCAAGCCAAUGGCUACACAGAUAAUGAAGACGACAUUUCGGAAUUGGAAAAAGUUGAUGACUCGAAUGAGUUGGUCGAAAAAUGUACUAUCGUACUCGACGAACUUUGCCAAUUAACUGCAGAAGCUGAUGGCCACAACAUUUCGGAGAUUUUCAUGACAUUGCCUUCAAGAAAACUCUAUCCAGAUUAUUACCAGGUAAUCAAACAGCCAACAUCAAUUAAUCAAAUUAAAAAGAACUUGAAACAAGAAAAUUUCGAGUCUUUCGAAUCAUUUAUGGAUAGCUUACAAUUGAUGUGUACAAAUGCGAAAACAUACAAUGAAGAAGGUUCUUGGGUUUACGAAGACGCUACGACCGUUGAAAAUUUCCUUUCGUCUAAAAUUUGA